ACCCGGAGCCCACCGCUCCUAUGUUUAUUUCCUCACCUUCUUCCUUCUAUAUAUAAAGCCAUAUAUCUCCUACUUAUCUACCUUUUCCUCCUCUACUCCUUCGGUCUAAUUAUCUCCACUCUCUCUUCGCACAGUCUCUAUUUACCGGUUUCUCUCUCCGCGUUAUCUUCAAGUUAGUCCAAUCCGUUAUGCCCGUGCCAAUCUCUCCGGAGCUUGGGUUGGGCCCCCCAGCUCACUCCCACGGUGGCUCCAUUGUCGAUAUGGACAAAGCAGCCGCUGGGGCAGUCAGUGGCCUUGAGGGCACCAACAGUCGUGCCAGAGCGAACGUUGCAAAGUCUACUGCAACAUGCGACCCGAUGGAUACUACAGACUUAACCGAGUCUCCUGAACAUAUGCCAGAAGAAGCAGCCGUGGGCGAUCGGAAGAUUCCUGAGCGCUAUUGCGGAUCCGCGACUCCAGCAGCAACUCAGGCUCAAAAUACUACUACAAACACGGACCUCCUUGAGCCAACGGCAGAGUUUCUUGAAGAAGAGCACGGCAGUAGUGACAGUUCUGGCGUUGGACAAGAGUACGAUCAUGAAAUGCCUGACGUCUCCGAACAUGGUUUUACAAGCGAGGGACCGCAAUAUGAUGAAGUUGAGGAGCAGGAUGAGAAUGUGGCAGACGCCUCCUGUACCGAUGACCCGAGCAGCGCACUCAGUGCUGACAUCUCGUAUGAGCAAGAAGAGGACUCAAGUCCCGCUCCGGUUCAGCACCUCGGGAAGACUUCGCAUGCAUCUACUCACAAGAGCAGACUGAGCAGUAUCAACCCGCAUCACAAGCGCCGCGAAAUUCGCUCUGAAGACUCAGAUCAAGACUCGGAGGAAACUACUGAUGGCUCUUUUGGGCUCACUAACAGCGAUGCCGACGAUGAGAGCGAGAGUUCCGCUUACGAAACAGCAGACGAGGUUCGUGGCGACCUGGUGAAAGUCGAAACACCUGAGGAAUCCCAGCAGCAGAUGCCAACAACCGCUGCGGAUCAAAGCCGUGCCCACGCGCACCGCAGCCUUGUGGUCACGCUUCCUGUCUUCAUCUACAAGGGAAAAGCUCGGAAACAGGAGGCUUCCGACACGAGCUCCAGGAAAAGUCUUUCUCCAGUGCAAGGCUUGGAUGUAAAGACAGAAUGCGAGUCCGAGGAUGAUGUGCCUCUUAUCCAACGCUCUCGCUCUCGCGAAUCCCCAGCAGCUCGCCAUCGCUCGAACCUCUCUGGCAUAUCUGGCACUUCUCGUUCUGCUCAGCGAGUGUUCACUCCGCCUACACGUACAAUCGGUAUUAACACUCGCAGUCCAAGCCACAGCAACGAAGACGAAGCUGGAGAAGAUGAAAUUCCAACGAUUUCCUGGAAACUUCCUGAGUACGAAAUCAUCAUGGAUAAUGAGCCCAACUCGGACGCUCCCGUCGCCAAAGUGUCUCUGCCUGGCUUAAUUCGUGAACACGUUAUUCUCAGUCUUGACUACCCAGAUUUGAUGUUCCGCCUCAUCAAAGAAGUAUUCCUUCCCUCUCACGCUCGCACCUGGACGCCACCGAACCGCGACCCCGAGCCGAAAUAUUCCCUGCUGAACUUUUGCGUCAUCGCCGACCUCUUCGUCGCUGUGUUCGUCAACUUCCAGCAGGGAGAAGUAGGUGGCGUGCUUUCUGGUAUGGGUGGUGUGGCCCCUAAAGAUGCGGACCCGGACCAGGUCUUCUUUGCGGCGAUCGACAAGUGGCGGGCUGGCAUGGCGAUGGAGAGGAAGAAGUAUGACACUAUUCGCGGGGUCCAGGAGUUUUGCGAUGUCGGACUGGACGUUCUGUGGUGGAUCAAGGAGAACUGGGGUGGUGAGGAGGAGAAGCCCAAGAGAAAGGAGCGGUCGGAUAAGGGGAAGAAGAGGGGACCGAGGGCGAAGGAUGGUACCGGUACGAAGGCGGCUGAGAACACUCUGGUUGCGAAGGCGAAGCCUGCGGCUAAGGGCCAGGAGAAGAGGAGGGGCAAAGCGGACGACGCCAAGAAGGGAAAGAAGGCUCAGGAGAAGAAGGUGGGCAAGGCCGACUUGAACAAGGUGAAGCGCGGACGCGUUGCAAAAAAGCAGAAGUAAAGCAGGAGCGAAAGCGAGUGGUCAUAUGUGGUGGUUUUUCAUACUAGCAGCCCGCGUUGG